GUCCACGCGGGUGCCGCUGCCGCGCAGCGCCGGGUCGCCAUGGCCGAGCUGCAGCAGCUCCGCGUGCAGGAAGCCGUGGACUCUAUGGUGAAGAAUCUGGAGAGGGAGAACAUCCGCAAGAUGCAGGGCCUGAUGUUCCAGUGCAGCGCCGGCUGCUGCGAGGACAGCCGGGCAUCCAUGCAGCAGGUGCACCAGUGCAUCGAGCGCUGCCAUAUGCCCCUGGCUCAAGCCCAAGCCCUGGUGACGAGCGAACUGGAGAAGUUCCAGGACCGCCUUGCCCGGUGCACCAUGCACUGCAAUGACAAAGCCAAAGAUUCCAUAGAUGCGGGGACUAAGGAGUCCCAGGUGAAGCAGCAGCUGGACAGUUGUGUGACCAAGUGUGUGGAUGACCACCUGCACCUCAUCCCAACCAUGACCAAGAAGAUGAAGGAGGCACUCUCGAACAUGGGGAAGUAAAAGUGCCAGUGGCCACCAGGGCUGAGGGAAGGAAUCUGUUUUAAAAAGAACGGGAACUUAGUCCUUCUGUAUAGAAGUUUAUAAAGGAAAUCAAGGAAGCCAGCAGGUGUAAGGCAUGUCAUCUGCCUCCGGACUCUAGUUCCUUCAUAUUCCAGUUCCUGGAGCUGAAGUGAACAACAUGGUGCUAAAACCCGGGUCAGACGGCACAGGAGAGUGUUUCCAGGCCUGCAUUUCACAUGCCAAGUGUCCGUGCUACGAGUGGGGCCUCCCUUGUGCCACAAGUCUGGGCCUUCCUUGCACCAGAUUCUCCUUACCUGCGUAGGCGGCAGCAGGCUGGGGCUGCGUGCUGGUGGCAGGUGCAGCCCGGGUUUCGGUGGGCUGCCAGCAUCCUGCUUCCCCGAGCUUUCACCACACCAUCGUCCUUACACUGUAAACACAAUCCAUGAGGUCACCGCGUUAGAAAAGGAAACUGCCUCUUCGGGUCUUUGGCUGGUUUUUUUACACACAAGGGCAUGCAGUGAUUUCAGAUGUGGAGUUGGAAGGAGGAGUAGUUUCAGGAGAAAUUUUGCAGGACCCCUGUGGGUGUCCUUUUCUGGCAUGGACCUCCAUCUCCUGAUAUUCUUACUGCAUCCCAUCCUGGAGAUGUCACUCAGGGGACAGGAAGCACAGCUCCCCUCACACUGAGUAACCAGAUAAAUUUGUCACAGCACUUUCCCCCUUGAAGGGGAAGAACGUUUUCACAGCAGUAAUUACGGUACCCGGGAAUGAACGGUGAAAGAUGGUCUCUUGGCUCUGUGAUCAAAGAACUCUGAAGUACUGUGCUUUUGGGGAAGCGUGGAUUUGUGUAAAAGAGUGGAAUAAAGCCAAGCACAGCAUUGCUUACUUAGUCCCCAAAUUAACACCAAGCAGACAAUCCCAACAACAGGAAGGCCAUGAGAGAAAAGGCAACUUGGGUUAGGACGAGCCCCAACUGCCUGGGAUCGAAGGCAGGCAGCCCCACGUCAGCACAGGCCAUGUUUGGGGACUUCGCAAGAUGCAGUGUUGUGCCCCAACCUGACACCUUAUGUUUGAUAAGGACUUGCUAAAAUGAUAAUAUAGCUUAUCUGUUCACUGUUUGAAUGCUGUGAUAUAUUUUCCUAAUUGUUUGGUUUUAAAUAAAACAAGGUUAAAUUUGUCCCUCA